AUGGCGUCCAAGGUGUCAAAAGAACUUGAAGAAUUCGACUUUGAUACUUUCCUCACGGGAGACCCCGUGGUGAUCCACCCCCAAAACCUCCAAGUACGAGGGCAUCUCGAGCAGAAUCGUGUCGAUGAUGCCCACGCCACGAUCAAAGAGUUCUUCGAGGCGCGCAGGCGGUUCUAUAACGAGCGACAUGACCGACUCAAUAGCUUCAUUAGUCCGCUUCUCAGGUCAUUCUGCUUGGCCUGGAAAGAGUCGAUUACCAAAGAAGAGGGCAAAUUCGAUGCACAAAAAGUCAAUUUUAUGAAUGACUUCCUCGAGUUCUGUAUCGCUUCGCAAAAAUACGAUGAGUUGGAGGUUGUGCUGCAGGAAUGCCGCUGUCCCAUCAAAGAGACCAGAGCAAAUUCACCGGACGAUAUCUUUCGGGGGUUUGACCCUGAGGAAACAGGUGCACAGGGCCAACUGGCUAAUGUGGGUGCACCGGAAACUUCGGCCUACUGGGAGGAUAGCCGCACGUACUGUCGAACAUGGGACGCUGUGACCAUGAAGAGAGUAUACCCCACUGAUCCGAUGUUCUCUCUACCUUUUGCUGUGACUGUGCACCCAGAUCGGAUCGAGUUCGCAGAUGUCGAUCAAGAGCAGGCUUUGAGUAGCACCGAAUUCAUGGUCGUGUUGCGUCGACUUCAUGCGGCUAAUGAUUGGAGAAUCCUCUCGGCGUGGGGGGAUCAACAAUACGAUCUGCGUGCGCAGGCAAUGGCCCGGGGUUCCAAGACACACCGUCUAUGGAUUUUCCCCGAUGAUAUUGUUGAUACCAAAGGGGAAUUUGUGUUGAGUCUAGCCCACUCUGUUUCUCUGCCAGAGGACAUGUACAGGUUCCAGAAUCUACGUCGCAGUCAUUCGGAAUGGAUGGUGGUCCGUCUGCCAUGCCGGUAUCUCACCAAAGAGACAGCCGACCGGCCCAAUGAACCACACGAGAAUGCAGCAGAUGGGACAACAAAGUAUCAUUGCCUUAGUCCCUACAGUGUGGAAUAUGUCGGAAACGAGCGAAAAGUUCGAAAGCAGGCCUACACAAUCAGAGCAACCGGACCGCAUUCCAUAAAAAUGACUGUCCCAUUUAUCCCAUGGGACACCUUCGCAGCCUCCACCGCAUACCAAGUCGGACUGACCUUCCGAGACUACAUGGCAGCUAUCAAAGAUGGCCUGUGCGGUAACUACAACUACCUGGAUCUGCGUGCGAACCUGUGCCGGGAUGAAAUUCACGAAAACCCGCCGGACUGGAAACUUCCAGAUAGCCUUGCCAACACCAAGUCACGGCCUGGGUUCGUGGGUAGCACGCCGUCUGGCCAGUCUCUUGUUGUGCAAAACGACUCUUUCGGUGGUUUGAAUCUCGUCUCAAGUCGAUGGUGUGACUGGAAGCAUUUCUCUUCGAAGCCGGCCGCGUCGCAACUGGUUCUUCCAUCGGGGACUUUUCCAUGUCUUGGGUCGAUUAGGGGUACCUGGGCAUUUGAGGAUGCGGUCGAUGCGCAAUGGCAGGCCGAGUUUUUCGUCGUUGAUACUUCCUUUAGUGGUGGCUCGAAGCAGAUAUUCAACUUUGUGUUGUCCGACUCGGCGCUUCCGAUGAACCAGGCUAAGAUGUUGACGAGCCACGAGAUGCGACUCUUUAGUGCCAGCGUGAGCCCAUAUCUGUUCCGAUAUAUAGGAGAUUCGAUUGUGAUGGGAUCGAAAUGGAAACGAUUUGACCAAAUUGGACCUACUGCUACUUUUGAUGAUGAGACGGCUCAGUGGCAAGAAACUAACCGACGGGACAAUUGGGAUCGCAGCUACGAGAGGCGUCUUCGUCUUUGCCGGAUGCAGCCUGAAAAUACUGUCGCUUUAGAUGCACUCCAGGUGGAGUACGAGCGAGAGCAUAGAAGCCGCCAGGACUGGGACAGUAAGCACCAAAGGCCACCUAAUUCCAGUUCAUCGAGCGUACCCAUAUCAUCGACCAAUUCUCCUGCCACCCCUAGUCCCGCCAACGCGUCCUCGGUCGACGGAUCGGUUGGUACUUCAACUUCAGCGGCGGACAAGACAAGUGGUCUCAAGAGAGAAGCAUUCAAGAAGUUUCUGGGUAAGAAAGGGUAG